GUGGCUUGGCCAACACUAUUCGGUCAACCUUGCUUGGUCUGCGAAUGUGUGAGGAUGGGUGAGACAUCUUCUACACAUAUAUACUGGAAAGCACUUACGAGUGAGAACGCACACAGCAGCAGCACCGGCCGAGGAAGUGUACCCGGUUUUGACAUAAUGAUCUAAUUAAUAAUUCAUCGGCGGUCCGGGGUAACGUACAGAGGAAUGCGUUGAUUCGUGCCCGUGCACUGAUUGGCUGUGUCCUGUGACGUUUGUUAUUCCGAGAAAUUACGCAAAAAAUCUUAAGCAACAUUUCCGAAAAAAUGCGUAAGAAUGGCCACGUCACGUUUAUCAAAAGGCGGAACUUGACACACGGGGUUUCUGUUUACUCUGCUGGACAAUAUACUGUUCGGAGUCACGUAAGUAAAACAUUAAUUUACUCUACAUAUAUCUCUCUUUGCCUGUGUUUUUGAAGAAGGCUUACACGUCUGUGGAAUUUUCACCUGCGUUAACUGGAUUAUCAACAAUCAUCUGAAAAAGGAUUCCGUGGAAAUGCGGUGCUUAAAAUGUAAAAUUGAGAAGCUUAGAAGGGAAUUUCCACAAGUACCUCUGGCAGAGACAUGUGAUCAUGCAAAUCUGCAUUGCUUAAAGUGUGUUAUUGAAGUGGCUGAGAAAAAAAACAAAUGUUCAUAUUCUGAAAAUAAAUGCUCCAGUCCAGUGACGGGCCCUGUUCUUGAGGAUCUAAAAUCUCGACUGAAAGCCCUGUUGUACACAUAUGAAUCCUUAACACCUGAGUUGGCUGAUGCAUCCCAAGAAUGCAGUGGUGGGGUGUUGUCCAUUGCUCUUCUCAAUGGAGAUAAAAUGUCAAUUCCUUUUGAUCCAAGCAUGAAGAUUGUGGAUGUUUGCUCACGUAUAAAAAAAAUCUACAAUUAUGACAUCAAAAAACAAAAACUCAUUUAUGGUGAAAAGGAAUUGAUGCUCGAGAAAGAAGAUGGAUCAGAUACCACCUUAAGCGAUUUUGGUGUAAAACCCAAUAGCACGAUUCACUUGAUAGUUCUUCUAUUUGCAAUUCCAGAAAAAAUGAAUGAAGUCACUUUAGAUCUGUACUGGGGAUAUCCAUCGAGAGGCAGAGAUUAUCUGGAUGCCUCUGUGCUUGUAUAUCAAGGGAAAUCGGAAGCAGGCAUUGUAGAUUAUCGUCACACAUCAUUCCCUGGCAUUACACAUUCUGGAGAUAUUAUGGAUGACAAUGCAGCUCAGGGACAUCAUGUCAUCAAUGUGUGUCUUAAUAAACUUCCAGCAGAUACGACUAGUCUGUUCUUCACACUUAGUGCAUGGUCGUCACCUACCAUAGGGAAGUUUAAGCACCCUAGUUUUAGUUUUUUUGAAACGUCGAAACCCAAAUUGCAAUUGUGUGAAGAUAAAAUGAAAACUGCUAUGGAUGCUCAAGCCAUUAUAAUGUGUGUUAUAGUUAAGAAAUUGAUAUGUAAUACUUGGACAGUAAUAACCCUUGGCACACAAUCAGGAGGAAAUGCUAAGUGUUAUGAUCGCCUGCAUAACACCAUCAAAGAUAAACUUUUAUCUUAUUUGUAAAAGUGAAAAAGGUAUUGCAAAAGUAGUAAUGACGUUGUGCUCAUCACAAUCAUUCAUUUAUUCCUUGCAUUUUGGCGUUACAUUUUCCACCAAGGGCCACGUAUAUGCCAAAGGCAAGUAAGUGAUCAAUUACAGUUGACAAUACAAAACUACAGCAUCACACAAUGACAAAGUACUGCUUUUUUCCAUCUUAACUAAAUGCUUUUUUCCAUAACUAUCAGAUGUUCCUAGAUUAAUUUGUUCAUAGUUUACAAGUGACUGAUCUUCAGGUUAUAAUUACCCUGACUGACUUAAUAAUCUUAUUGCAAAUCAUCCUAAAGACAUUAAAUCUCUUAACAGUACUGUAACUCUCACCUGCAUACCGAGAACGCAGAUUUCUCCACUAUGCUAUCAUUUGGUGAUUAUGAACAGCUGGCCUUAUUACUAUCCUUAACAAUACCUCUAUCUCAUUUUGUAGCAUUUUAUUAAAUCUCAAGUCUGUUGCUCCCAUUGAUAUUCUUUAAAAAAUCCACAAUACUCCCCAACAUAUCUGUAAACAUCCAUCCUUUGUCAAACCUUCUUUUCCUUGGAAAAUUACUGUAAAAUAUUAUUUCUCCCACCUUUCCAAACACCUAUUUAUCCAUGGUCUCCACGACCCAGUGGAAUCUGGUUUCUACCAAGGCCAUUCAACAUAAACUGCCAUCUCCUACAUGUGUUAAACCUAUUUUCUUUCGACCAUAGAUAAUUUUCGGUAAUAAUUCUCUGAGACCUUUCUGCCACUUUUGAUAUCACUUUCUUCAAUACCCCAAUAAGUGUGGCAGUAUCUCCAGCAGACUUCUCGCCUGAUUCCACUCGUUCCUUGCAAAUAAUUCCUAUGUCUAAUACAAUGACAAUCUUCCUCACCUGCACCCAUAAACAUAACUAUAUCACUCUUGAUGCCACAAUACUUCCACUAACUCUUAAUCCAGUCCCAGAUAUAUUAAAAAUCACAUGCACCAUUUUCCAGAUGAUCUAUGAAGUUUCCCUUUCCGACCUCCUCUCCCUACAUUGCUGUUGAAGCCCCCAGUCAACCUUUGCUCAGCAGAUUGUCGAUCACUGCUGCCACAUAUUGUCGUAUUAUUUCCAGCAGCAUUUCGUACUAUCGACUACCUGCCUGCCCAUGUUCAAGUCCAGGCCUCAACACCCUGGAUUUUUUUCUGAAUGCCGAUAGAAUAUACAUACAUUACCAGUGUUCUGUGCAGCAUCUUGACACGCCUCACAAUUAUCCAUAGACUUGCAUUCCUGCAAUAUUCCACUUAGCGCAACUCUAUUUUCCUUGAUUGAUAAUGAUUGAUUCAUAAUGAUGAUUGUAAUGAUGGUGAUUAUGAUGGCACAUCACUCGACAGUACUCUACUUCUGCACUCUUUCCAAAUUUAUUUUUUAUCUACAUGUGUGCACAGAUUAUAGUUGUUGAUCAGAAAUUCCCCUAUUGACAGUAUUUAAUCGAGGCUGUGAGUUACCCAAAAGUGGUCCCCACAAACGCUAAAUUCCUCUUAUUAGCCGGACAUUUAAUGUAGAAGUAGAUUUCGAUUUAAAGCUUUCGUGACUGCAAGGAUUCAUCUUCUUUGGUUCUUUCGGUAAAGUCACGUAGAAUGAGAAUAAAAUAAUAAAUUGAUAAAAUAACAAUAAUAUUCUAACGACGUUUCGGCCACAACACAAGCGGCCUUUUAUUCUCAUUCUACGUGACUUUACCGAAAGAACCAAAGAAGAUAGAAGUAGAUUCACUAAGAAUUUGUUGAAAAUACCUCCCGUUAUCUGCAUGCAUCUAUGGAUACUUGUGUGGAUAAGAUGAGUUAUUUUUUUGGAAUAAAUGAAAACAAGAUGCACAAUAUCGCCCCCAUAUCACCACAGAUAAGAGAAAUCCCACUUUAAUUAGAAUUCCAUAGACCUUUCCAUAUUUGGUCUGAUUAUUUGUAUCUGAUAAUUCGAGUCGUUAAAUCUUAGAAGUGACCUUUCUUCACCAUAAAGAUGUAGCACUUGAGAUUGUUUCUGUGCCGCCUCGUAAAUGAUCCCGAACUAUUUACAUGUUUACAUCAUCAUAAUGGAAGAAAUAUAACUAAUUUAAUUCAUUCCCCAAUGAGGGAAUAAUAAUUAAACCCGAAAAAUAAAUUAGUUAUGAGAAGGAGUCUGAAUAAAAAAUAAACUUAGAUUUAGGCUUUCCUAUGCAUAAUGCAUAAAUCACAUAUACCUUCAUUGGAUUCACAAUCAAACUAGAGAAUCAAUAUAAAACAAGGAUUACUUCCAUUUAUAAUGAUUCAAAUACUCGCAAUGAAUAGGUGGUGUGGUCAGCAGCAUACCGAAGUGCAUUUGUCUCCUCACUGCUGACCUUUACCCACCAGUAAAGCACUCAUUUUAUGUUGAGUUGACAUAAGAGACACUAUUGACAGAUUUAUAUGGAACUUGCCAUUAAUGGCACUGGGUUUGUCUUUCUGUCUGCUAUCAGUUGCACAAUAACACCAAAGCUGUUCACUCUCUACAGCAUGCAUGUACACUUAAAUCAAUGUAGCUUUUAAACAAAUUCACAUAUUUACAUGUAAAUAAAUCGUAUAUUAUGAAUACAUGAUAUCCACAAAUAAAUAUAUAACGAACAUAAAGUACUAAGUAAUUACAAAUAAAACAUUAAGAAAUGUGAUUUCAAUGCAUUAGCAUUCAGCUUCACAAUCUUUCCAACGUUCAUAAAGACUUCAACACUACUUUAUAUGGUUUGUGUUCAUGAUAAUCGUCACAUGUACAUACAUUGCGGUUUAAUCCCAACAUACAUCUACAACCUAACAGGAUCAACUUCAUUUGUUUAAUAUGGAUUUUAUUCUGGUUUAAAUGUUGUGAACCCAUCUGCAACAUGUACGGACAGUUAAUUAUAUUGAAUUAUAUUAAUGAAGAUGGCAUGAACAAACGAACUAAAUACAUUUCCCUUCAAAGUGUCAAUGUGCAUCCCCAUGUUCAAUUGCUCUGAUCAUAUUGAAAAAAGAAAAAAUACCACAUUACCACUGCAAGCCCCAGUGCAUUUGAGAAUACUGAAUCUCAUGAUGCAUACCAGUGGAAUGAAAUGACAGUAGAGUGAAGUUCCAUAAGGAGUAACGUCAUAAAAAUGUUUAGCUGGAUUGUCCAAGGUAAUGUUUCCUAAUGCAUCAGAUAGCUAAAGUAGUACUUUAUUCUAAAUUCCUGGAUUCAAGUCAUGAUUGAGAUGUGUAAUGAGUUCAAUAUGAUACAUGAUUCCACGUAAUUAAAGUUAAUUAUUUUCUUAUUCCAGCGUAUUGUGCUGUCAAAGAUCAAUUAAUUAAAUACAUUCUAGUAUUGACGAACAUUAAGCUCCAGGUUUGAACAUGGUUGUAUUCUAUAACUAUAUUUGGUAUAAAGUUAUAAAUUGUUGGAAUAUUUAUAUUAUUAUUAUUGGACGUUACAUACAUUAGUUAUUUCAUUUUUUUUUAAACGGACUGUCAUUGAAAAUUGUGACAUUUGUAACAAUCAGUUUCAAGGACAAUGAAUAUAAUAUAGUAUGUUUUUUGUUUGCAUUUUGACUGCAGGUAUUGUGGUUAAUGCAGACAUUAAUCCUUGUAAAAAAGGUUUCAGUUUUGUUGCCAGAAAAAAAGGGAAAACCCCUAUUAUAAAAUGUUAAGUUCUAAAAUUCAUGUGAAAAUACUCAGUGCGUGGAGGGGCGCUUUUAAUGCUGUUUAUCCAAUCAUUAGCUUUGCAUUUCCGACGAAUAGGAUUUAUUCCUGCUAAAUAAUAUAUGUUAUGUAUUUCUGAUCAUUGUUUUUCAUUCAUUUGUGGCAGUUCACUUCUGGGUGUCCACUGUAAUGGAUAUUGUGUAAAAAAUGGUGGCUUAUGAAUCUACAUUAAAUAUAAUCCAAGUAUUGUUAUUAUAAGCAAUUCAAACUAAUAAAACGUGAUUUUAUAUUGUU